AUGGGUGGCGCAGCACCCCGUGGGAUGAAGGCUGCCGUGUUCCUGUUGCUUGCCCUCAUGGUGCCUGCAUGCCACACGGGUGCUCGGUGCAACAUUGAUAACAUGGUCGAUCUGAAGGUGCAGGCAGCAGUUAGUUCCAUCGUGUCCUCCACCCUGGCCAAAGCCAAGCUACUCUGCCAGAACGUCUGGGCAAAUGGGGAUCUUGUCUCCUGCCCAGCAGGGUACAAGCCCACGGGUUGCGCCUGCGGAAUGGGCUGCGGCUCCUGGGACAUUCGCACUGACUCCACCUGCCACUGCCGGUGCAGCGGCAUUGACUGGACGUCCGCGCGCUGCUGCAAGAUAGGGCUGUAG